AUGCUCACACGACGGGUCCUCCCCAGCCUCCGCACCCUCUCCUCUACACCCGCUCUGUCUCGUACCUUCGCAGCCUCCGCCCAGCAGCACGCAGACCGCGCGCCCGCACUCGCCGACAUCAAGCCCGACUGCGCAGCAGCGUUUGAUGCCCGGCAGCGCGAGUUCCGCGAGAAGCUGACGGGUGCUCAGCGGCGGAAGGAGGCUGCUGAGACCCGCGCGCGAGAGCAGGCGAACGAGGAGUCUGGGAGGAGGAAGGGUCCGCUUAAUAAGCUGAUUUACGGCACCAAGGAAGGAAGACAGAUGGACCAGGAUAUCGAGAGGAGCUUCUCUCAGGUGCUGGCGAGAGGGAAGUACGUCCACUCGAUCGUCUUCCACGAGGUCAAGCCAGACAAGGUGGACGAGUACACGCAGCUUGUUGGAAGCUGGUACCCGCGCAUGGCGAGCAUGCCUGAAAAUAAAGUCCACCUGGUCGGCAGCUGGAGGACUGAAGUUGGCGAUUGUGACACUUUCGUCCACAUCUGGGAAUACCAGCGCUACCAAGGCUACCACGCCUCCCUCAACGCCAUCCAGCACCACCCCGAGUUCCCCGACUUCGACCGGAAGCUCAAAACCCUCAUCACCAGUAAGAAGACAUCGCUAAUGCAAGAAUUCUCUUUCUGGCCCACCACCCCACCGCGUCAACUGGGCGGCCUCUUCGAGCUCCGCUCCUACACCCUGCACCCCGGCAACCUGCUUGAGUGGGAGACGCACUGGCGCCGCGGGCUGAAGGCCCGCAGGGAAGUCAUGGAGGGCGUUGGAGCCUGGUUCGUGCAGAUUGGCGAGCUUAACACGGUGCAUCAUCUUUGGCAAUUCGCGGAUCUGGAAGAAAGGAAGGUGCGCAGGGAGCAGAGCUGGAGUGUGGAGGGCUGGGGCGAGACGGUGCACAAGACUGUGCCGUUGAUUCAGACCAUGAGGAGCAGGGUCUUGAUUCCGUGCUCAUGGAGCCCGGUUGCGUAA